UCUCCUGAUUCAAACUAUCGCGAUACAUCACGGGAACAGGAUUCAAACCAGGGCGGGUUAACGGAGGACAGCUUCCUCAGAAAGAUGGCAGCGGAGGACGAGCUGCAGCUGCUGAGGAGCCAGCUGAAGAAGAGCGAGGAGCAGGCCCGGCAGGCCGCUCAGGCCGGCCUGGACCUCCUCAGGCAGGUGGACGAGCUGCAGGAGCGCCUGGACGAGCAGAGGGUGGAGAUGACCAACGCCCUGGAGGCUCUGGAGCAGGACAAGUACUCCCUUCAGAAGGAGGUGGAGCUCAAGAACCGGAUGCUGGAGUCUCUGCAGUCAGAGUAUGAGAGCGUGAAGAAGCAGCAGAAGCAGCAGCUUGAAGAACAUCAGGAACAUCUGGAGAGGAGCCACAGCGUGGCCCUCAGUGAGCUCCAGAACAAGGUUCUGAGGCUGCAGUCCUCCCUGGAGGAGUUCCAGCUGAACGAGAAGCAGCUGACGCACAAGCUGGAGCUGCAGGCGGAGGCGCUGAGCAACAAGAUGGAGGAGCUGAGAGCCCUGGAACAAAACACCCAGAGCUCCAUGACCUCAGAGAUGAUGGAGGUCCAGCUGAAGGCCACGGAGCUGGAGAACGCCAAGGUGGAGAUGGAGCAACUUCUGCAGGAGAGCCUCUACAGGGAGCAGCAGCUGGAGCUGAGCAGGAGCAGCCUGCUGAGACAGCUGGAGAGGAGCAGGGAGGAGAAGGAGGAGCGGGAGAGGGAGGCUGUGAGCUGGUUCAACGCUUUGGAGAAAUCUCGAGAGCAGAACCGGGACCUGCAGACCCAGUUGGAUCAGGUUCUUCAGCAGGCCCAGGAUCCAAGCAGCAAAGGGAACUCCCUGUUUGCCGAGCUGGAGGAUAAGAGGGCAGCGAUGGAGCGGCAGCUCAUCAGCAUGAAGGUCCAGUACCAGUCCCUGCAGAAGAUGCACGCCUUCAGCAAGCAGCAGAUGCAGCGCCUGAAGGCCCAGAUCGCCACUCUGAUGCAGCUGCAGGGUUCUAGAGCCGACCCGGCUCAGCUGGAGAGGCUGAUGUCCAUGCUGGCUGAGAAGAACGCAGAGAUCCAGAGCCUGGAGACCAAACUCCAGAGGCUGGAGAAGAUGGAGAGUCUGCUGAAGGCUGAGCCGGCCGAUCCGGUCCAAGCAGAGGGAGGCGCCGGCCAGGAUGAGACGUUCUACACAGACCUUCUCCGACUGAAGCUCAGCAACUCUGUGAAGGACGCUGAGCGUCUAGGGAAGGAGCUGUCCCUCCAGAGGAGGAAGUCUCUGUCAGAGAGCCAGAGAGCUCUGGAGCUGGAGAGGAAGCUCUACACAUCAGAGCGCCUCCUCAAACUGGCCCAAAGUGAGAAGAUCAAGCUGCAGCUGCGUGUAGAGGAGCUCCAACAGAAAUAUGAACCCAGAGAGGUGAAGAAGAACCUUACCCGCACCAGGAGGAAGGAGAAGCUUCCUGUUGAUGUGAAGCCAGAGCCAGACAGAACUGACCAGGAGGGGCAGGCGGUUACCAUGGUGACGGAGGACACUGACAGGAAGACAGAGGAAGAACAGGUCGCUACAGACGCAGCCAGCACUGCAGCAGAACCAGAGGUCCAACCUGCCAAGUGUGUGAAGAUCAGCUCUGAUGACCCAGAAGUGAUCUUCAACUCCAGUUGGACCGGUACCAAGGAGAAAGACGAGCUUGAGGAGAACCGCCAGCAGAACCUCCAAGAAGGGAGGAGAAGGAAACCAAAGGUUGAGGUGAUCUACGUGAGGUCUGAUACAACCCAGGAGAACCAGUGUUCCCAGCAGUAGAGUCUUCAUGGAUCGUUUCAAGCUAGAACUCUGUUGUUGUUUAUUUAAGGAACUUUGUUUUUAUCAUUAAAGAACUUUGACCAGAA